AUUAUUUAAAAAAUAUAUAUAUACAGGGCGGUACUGGAUAAAAUUUGUGAGAGGGAGUACGUAUAUGAGGAGCUAGCUAGCAUGCGACCGACCGACCACUAAGCUAUGGACGGAGAAUCCGAGAAGAAUGGCGGUAAUAAGUAUGAAGCACUGGCGGAACGGUGCCGGAAUCUGGAGGCGAGCUUGGCCACGCUCCGGGAACAGUUCGACGAACUUUCUUCCGGCCGCCAAGAGCAGAUGCUGAUGGAGGCGGCGGCGCCAGCUGAUUCGGCAGCAGCCGCAGGCCGAGGCGGGGACGACGCGAGGUGGUCGUCGUCGUCGUCAUAUCCGGGGAACAAAUGUGCUGAAAAACUGUAUGGAUACAAGGAGGAUGAAGUAAUUGGGGAGAGUGGAAUAGAGCUGCUGGUAAGUGAGGAAGAGGAUCAUGAAUGGAUUAGAAGCAUAGAAGAGCGGAUAUGGUCGCGCAACGAUUCCUGGUCUGGUCUCUUUCCCUGCAAGAAAAGGUCCGGUCACACAUUCAUGGCAAUGGUGACAAAGACUCCACUGUAUGACAAUGACAAUGAUGAGGCUUCGGGCGUGAUCACUGUUUCAAGUGAUGCCUCUAUAUUGAACAUCGCGGUUUCACAAACAUUGUAUCCCAGACAGUUCCGAAAAAUACCCCACUCGCGCCCCCCUGCUGCAUCAUAUGUCGCCAAUAUGGCCUCGAAGAUUUUCUCAACUGAAGGCGGAGGAGAGGAUGAAUACCAAAUCUAUGGGGAGGAGGAGGAGGAAUCAUGUUUAGAUUACUCUAACGAUGCAAGGUGGCAUAAUAAGCCACCUAAGGCACCACCGGCAGCAGCGAAGGUCUUCUUCUCAAAGCUGAACAUCGCGGGGAUUGUGAAACUGGGGAAAGACAAGUUUGGGAACAAACAUCAGCCAAAUGGUUGCCGCCUCUCCAGUUCAGCAAGGGAUGCAAUUCAGCAGCAUCAGCCGCAAUUAGAAUAUAAUCCACAGUCUCGAAAGAAGGUGGAGCUUGUUGUCGGCAGCGGCAACAGAGAUUUGCUAAACAAAAUUAAGAAUCGGAUUGGGAACGAUGAAAUUCGAUGGGAAGAUAUAAGCUUGAAGGAGGAGAUUGGGCAAGGUUCGUUUGGCACCGUGUAUCGUGGGAUCUGGAAUGGAUCGGAUGUGGCGGUGAAGGUUUAUCGUGGACAAGAAUUUAGCGAGGGAACCUUGCUCGACUACAAGAAAGAGAUUGACUUAAUGAAGAGACUUAGGCACCCAAAUGUGUUGCUAUUUAUGGGGGCAGUUUCAUCACAAGAAAAAUUAGCCAUUAUAACGGAAUUCUUACCCAGGGGAAGCCUAUUCAAAACACUACACAAGAACAGCCAACAUCUAGACAUCAGGCGAUGUCUAAGGAUGGCCUUGGACGUGGCUCGAGGCAUGAAUUAUUUGCAUACUAGGAAUCCACCCAUAGUGCAUAGAGACCUGAAAUCUUCAAACUUACUCGUUGACAAGAGCUGGACAGUGAAGGUGGGAGAUUUCGGGCUGUCAAAACUGAAAAACGCGACGCUGCUUAGUGCUAGAUCUGGGAGAGGAACUCCCCACUGAAUGGCUCCUGAAGUCCUUCGAAAUGAACAUUCAACUGAGAAGUGUGAUGUGUUCAGUUUCAGCGUUGUUUUGUGGGAAUUGAUGACGGAGUCCGUACCUUGGAGCACCCUUAGCCCAUUACAGGUGGUGGGAGUAGUUGGGUUCAUGGACAGGAGACUGGAGGUUGGAGAAGGCAUGGAUCCCAGGGUGUCUUCCAUCAUUCAAGAUUGUUGGCAAAGCGUCCCGGAACAUCGGCCAUCCUUUCACGACAUCAUCCCCAGGGUGGUGGAUGUCAUUCAGGCGUAUAGCACCACGAAAAGCUCAGAUUCUUAAUCGUCGAUCAUCAUAUGACUGGAACCGGGAGCUACCAUCUGUCAUUUCCCAUUUUUUUCAUUCUGUUGUUGAAUGUUGAUGCAGUUCUGGAACAUUAAACUGUUCUUCACAGU